CCGACCUGGUGCGCUUCUGAGGAUGGUCGGGGUCUCGGGACCGGAUCAGGGGAAGGGGGGCUGAAGGUGGGUGUGGUGGAGGCAGAUGCGAGCUCUUGCCCGCGCGCUUGGACCCGGGCGGCGGGGGGGACGCGCGGGAUCGGCCCCGCCCCGCGCGUCCCCGACGCGCGCUCCGGGCAGGCGGCGGAGGCAGCUGCAGCAUCCCUACCACUCGCAGCUGCAGCAGACCCCGGCGGCCUCGGGCAGGGCCGUUCGGUUGGACAGACGGACACAGGGCGCCGGGGUGCGCGUCCCGCCCGGGCCGGCCAUGGAGGGCGCCUCAUUUGGCGCUGGCCGCGCGGGGGCCGCCCUGGACCCCGUGAGUUUCGUGCGGCGACCCCAGACCCUGCUGCGGGUCGCGUCCUGGGCACGGGGUGGGACCGGAUUCACGGAGAGGAACGAGGAGGGGGCUAUGGGAACCGAGAGAGAUCAAGUGGAGCCUCCCCCUUAUGCCGCGCACGCAACCUCCAGAUUCCCGUUCCCCGCCCCCGUCUCCCCGCUUAGUGUAGCUGUAUUCUCCAUCGCGGUCUUCGGGCCCAUAGUCAACGAGGGCUACGUGAACGCCGACAGCGGCCCAGAGCUACGCUGCGUUUUCAACGGGAAUGCGGGUGCCUGCCGCUUCGGCGUAGCGCUUGGCCUCGGGGCCUUCCUCGCCUGCGCCGCCUUCCUUCUGCUCGACGUGCGCUUCCAGCAGAUCAGCAGCGUCCGCGACCGACGGCGUGCUGUGCUUCUGGACCUAGGCUUCUCAGGGCUCUGGUCCUUUCUGUGGUUCGUGGGCUUCUGCUUCCUCACCAACCAGUGGCAGCGCACAGCACCUGGGCCAGGCACAACGCAGGCGGGGGACGCGGCGCGGGCCGCCAUCGCCUUCAGCUUCUUCUCCAUCCUCAGCUGGGUGGCGCUUACCGUGAAGGCUCUGCAGCGGUUCCGCCUGGGCACCGACAUGUCGCUCUUCGCCACCGAACAGUUGAGCGCUGGAGCGGGCCAGACCUAUCCCGGAUACCCAGUGGGCAGCGGCGUGGAGGGCACCGAGACCUACCAGAGUCCUCCCUUCACCGAGACCCUGGACACCAGCCCCAAAGGGUACCAGGUGCCCGCCUAUUAGUGGCUGAAAGUCCCAGAUCAGGGCUCGAAGGCCACCCCACCAAUGCAGGCCCCAUGGCCUCCUGGAACAUCCCUCAGGUCUUUCCAGCCCAGUGCCAGGGACAGAGGGAGUGGCCACUGUGGGCUGUCCAGGGCAAAAAAGGGGUAGUCCCUAGAGUGUCCGGGCCAUCCCGCCACAAGUUCCGUCAGUCCCCUCAGCACCUGGCUCCAGGCCUGAGGUCCUGAGGAGGGG